CCGACUAUCUUUGGAAACGUACACGAGGCCUUUUUUUGAGCCGCUCUCUUCGCGUUAGAUUGCUAACUGAACACUACUCUAAUAUGGCUAAGAGAACAAAGAAGGUCGGAAUCACCGGCAAGUACGGUACCCGUUAUGGUGCCAGUUUGCGUAAAAUGGUGAAGAAAAUGGAAAUCACCCAGCACAGCAAGUACACUUGCACUUUCUGUGGAAAGGAGUCAAUGAAAAGAAGCGUUGUUGGUAUCUGGUCCUGCAAGAGGUGCAAGCGCGUUGUUGCUGGAGGAGCUUGGGUAUUCGCAACCACCACAGCUGCAUCUGUAAGAUCAGCAGUGCGCAGAUUGCGUGAAGUGAAAGAUCAGUAAAUAAAACAACAUCACGACAACACCAACACAGUAAAUAAUACAACAAUUAUGGUACCUAAAGUAUCUGUUUGUAUUAUUUCUCCUAACACUGAAUCCAAAAUGUUAUAUUCUAAAUUUAUUAGAAUAAGUUUUAUAAAAUAAACUUAAUGAAAUAACUAA